UGGUAUGUGCAUGGAUGGGGAUGCUUGUUUUUGUCGAGCGAGCCCUGAUAAUUCUCGCGACCGGGCGUUUUCGUAUUGGUUUUGAUGUUUAUUCCUCAAUCAAAGACGACAAGACAUGGCUUAUGUAGACCGGUCUGGCGAUAUGAACGACUCAAAGGCAUUAGAAAUUAAAACUAAAUCUAUAGAACAAACACUGGUGCCAUUAGUAACACAGAUUACCACACUGGUGAACCAUAAAGAAAAACAACGAGUAUCAGAGAAAACCUGCCAAGCGAUAGAACGUGUUGGGCAAGCAGUGAGGCUUGCUGUUAGCAAAUUUGUGUCUGUUGGAGAAGCAUUAGGUAAAGAAAAUACAGAGAUACAAGAUGAGCUUCAUGAGGCAUGCUCAGAGGCACAGGUUGCAGGUAAUAACAUUGCAAGGUUGACGGACACAAAUAGUUGGCUUUCAGUCACUAUGCAGAACUCGACGGACAAGAACAGUAUGAUCAAGGCAGCCAGGGGGCUCCUGUCGGCAGUCACCAAGGUGCUGUUGUUAGCUGACAGAGUGGUCAUCAAGCAGAUUAUAGUAGCGGAGCAGAAAGUAAAGAAGAGUUUAAAUAAACUUGAAACAGUACGAAAUUUCACGGAGUUUGUCCAGUUAUUUAGCCAGUUUGGAAAGGAAAUGGUAGAGUUAGCUCACCUUACUGGGGAUAGACAAAAUGAUUUAAAAGAUGAACGAAUUCGAGCUCAAAUGGCAGCAGCAAGAGGAGUCCUAGAAAAAUCAACAAUGAUGUUGUUAACUGCUUGCAAAACAUCUAUUCGACAUCCAGAUUGCGUGUCAGCACAAGAUAACAGUGCUGGUGUGUUUCAGAUGAUGCGCAAGGCUUUCCAGAUGCUAGAUGAGGUAUUGACAGAUAGUUCCUCAAUGACUGUCCUUGUAAAGCCCAAGAAUAUUCACAAUCUGUUACAUACAAUUCGUGAUGUGAUUGAAACAUCAAAGAUAACUCAGGCAGAAAGUAACACACAGGAUAAACUGGUAACGACAUUGAGCUUAGUUGUCGAUGCUACUCAAGAUUUUACGGACUCUGCCUACACUCAGCAUGAACAAAGGGAGAGGAUCUUAAAAUUGCUUGGAAAAGCAAAAUUAGAUGUUAACCAUCUUGUUCAAGUUGGAAAACGUAUUGAGCAAGGUAACUGGGAGAGGUAUGAAGAUGAACUUGACACUAGUGUUCUAAAAGCUACAAAGACAAUUGACGAUGUCAAAAAACAGCUUCAAAUGACAGCGUUAAGCCAAGCAGAGGAGAUUUUUAGGGGUAACGAUCAUGAAGGAUUGACGAACAAGCUGAAGGAGGCAGCAACAAUGGGACAAAUUGACGGACUUGACAGUCUAGCAGAAAAACUCAUGCAAUACUCCGAACAACUACAAGAGGCAUGUAAACUGAUGCGACAUGUUUCAUCCAAACCUCCGCUUGCUAUAAGUCUUGAGAAUGCAGAGAACAACUUGAUCAAGUUGUCACCACAGCUUGUCACAGCAUUCACAACUUUAGCAAUUAAUCCUACUAGCAAAAUUGCAAAAGAAAAUGUGGAUGUUUUCAACAAUGCAUGGCAUGCGCAAUUGAAGGAGAUUAAUACGAUUAUGAAAGAAAUUACUGAUACCUGCACAGGCAAAGGAAAUACGAAGCACGUUUAUCUGUCCCUUCCAAGACCAGGUAAACAUGGUACAACAAUGAAAUCUUCUAGACCAGUAAAGCUGGAUGCAGAGGAACAAGCUAGAAUUGCUAAGCUUGGACUAGAGUUAAAGUUGAUGACAUCUGAACUGGAUGUGGAAACAGACAAAUGGGAGGAUGCGGAGAAUGACAUCUUAAAACGAGCCAAGAACAUGUCCAGUAUGGCAUACUCUAUGUAUCUGUUCACAAGAGGUGAAGGACCUCUGAAAACCACUCAGGAUUUAUUCAAACAAGCAGAGUAUUUUGCUGAGGAAGGGAAUAAACUGUUCCGUGUGUUUAAAGAUUUUAGUGGCUUGAUACCAGAAAGAGGUCUUCUACCUGAUGAACUGGUGCACCAUCUUCAGAGUUUACCAUCGCUAUGCCAACAGCUCCAUUACACAACUAAAUCACCAUCACUUGGUAAAAUCCAGACAUUUGCAAAAGUAAAUGGGAGUAUCCAGGAGACCAAGAACCUACUGGCCUGUAUAAGUCAUAUGCUUCCAUUAUGCAAUACUCUGGCAGUUAAAUAUAACAUCAGGACACCCCACUCAACCCUUCCCCUUUGGAAACAUGGAUCUCCAUUUAUGGAUAGCAGGAGCAAUGGGGACGAUUCAGACUCUGCAGCUAGUGCUCUUAGUAGCAAAUCAGACGGUAGCCUUCUUCGUAAUAUCAAGACUAUUGCUAGCAUUGAUGCAUUUGAUCGCAUAUGACAGUAUGACAGUUGUUAGAAUAAAUAGUGCUUCACAAUACAUUGUAAUAAAGUCCUCAAAUAAAUUAUGAAAACAGUGCUUGAAGUAUACACUUAAGAAACAUUUGUAGGACUCUUAUAAUUCACUAUAUCACUAUACAAACCAAAACAAACAUUGGACCAAUGUAAAUGUAGUUUUCUGGCCUUUUAUCUGUGUCAUGUGACCAACCUUUGGCUUUCCUUCUGUAGAUAAUUUAUUUAAAAUAGCAUGUCUGUAGGUCAUAAGGCAACUGUCAUAGCUUAUAUUACAUUUACAUCACCUGCCUGUAAAAUUGCAAUAUAUUGUGCAGAUUUUACAGGAUAUGAAAUCAUUAUAAGAACAAUAGGUAAUAAAUUCUAAAUAAAAGUAUUCUUACAAUCACUGGCUGCUGUUUAUUUUGGUAAUUAUUAGAUUAUUUAUUCAGAUAAACUUCAUUUAUGAUGGAUAUUGCCAAUAUAUACAAACUUGCCUGGUGCAAUGAUAAAAACCUAUAAAACCUAUUAAAAUUAAAUAUAUUGACAUAUACAAGCUGAUAGAUCUUUUCAUUAAUUUAUUUAUAUAAAUUAAUUUUAACUUUGUUAUAUGUUAAUUCUGAAAUUCUAAGUCAAUAUAUUAAAUAUGUAAAUGAAACAUGUAAUUUACAUUUCAUAUUAAUGUCUUUCGUAUAUGUUAAUUUUCUGUUGUAAUAUAACUUGUAGUUAAAGUGUUUAACAACGCAUGCCUCGGAUAUAAAAUUACUGUAUAAAAUAAACAUAUUUGUUAAAGUGGUGUAAGAUGAAGAUGGUUUGUUAAAAAAGGUUUAGAACAAUCAUGUAUGUAUGUUACAAACAGUGGGGUCCCAAGUUGAAAGAAGCCGCUUCUAUGAGAUAUAGAUAUGUGAACUACCUGUAUCUUAACGUAUCUAAUUUUAUUUUGGUGCGUGUAGUGAUACUCAUGGCACUGACUUCCGGGAGAGAAUUGACAAUACUGUAGAUAUUAAUUAUGCAAGUGUCGCAAAUUUGUGUUUUUCCAGGAGAUUUAUGCUUACUUGCGGGUGUGCAGAAAGGCCAACACGACUAGCGGGACACUUGCGACCCCAGCGGUGUAGACAUGCUUUCGAUAUAUCAACCAGCAAUAUUCAGGAGGUGUAUUCAAAUUGUGACAUAAAUUCUUUUUAAAAUAUUAAAUUAUGAUUCAUAUAAAGACAAAAGUAAUUUUGAAGAGGAGACCAAGAUAUUAACUGAAAUAUAUUUUUGUUAUGCAUUCUGCUAAACCUUUCAAAUGAUUUGUGCUUUUAUAAUUUGCAAGAGACCAAACUCUACACUAUUCAAACACUAAUUGUUUAUAAAUGCAAUAGGUACUUGUAAAAAACAAUGGGCUAAAAGGUUUUAAAAUGUUGCCCUGGCAAAUAUGUUUUUUCAUGAGUAAUUAAAUGAAAAUGUACAUUUUGUAAAGCUUUUCUGUAUAUUCCUCAUAAAACCAGCAAAUUUGAAAAACAAUAGAUAAUUAAAUUGGGUCACUUUGGUCAUCAAAGUUUUUACAAUACGCCAUUGUAAAAGUUAACCAUAACAUCUUGUUUUGUGUAUAGCCUUUAUUAAAUAGAUUGUAAAGUGAAAAG